CAUCCUGCGUAUAUAUACUGUAAGAACGUAACCGAAAUACUUUCAAUAAAACUAUUAUUAAAUGUCCAGGAUGGAGUAUCUAUUUGAUUAUCAAAAGGUAGCCCAGAGGAGGAUGCAGCGCUCGAGGAUAUCACUGAAUAACACUUAAGCUGUCAGACAACGUAUGUUUAUUCCGAAAAGUAUACACUCUAUACGACUCUCGCAAACUUAUCUCGCUCGCUUCUCGAAGGAGAGUGCCGUCCGCUCGCGCUCUCCUCAUUCCUUUCUGUCGGAGCAUGGGGUGCGCCUGUGCACGCGCAUGCGCCACCCGGUAUAUGGUGGCCGCAGCAACCGGUAGGAAUAUAUUUCUUACAGCUCGGCCUUCCUGACCUUGCCACCGUCUCGGUGGUAAGUUAGGAGUGCUGUUUUAUCGGCACCGUAUUUUACAAUAGUUUACUUCGUUAUGCAAUAUUGCACAAAGUUACGCGCGCUCGAUCGCCAUUAUGGGCUUCCGGGGGCUAGUUGUUUUGGUUUACACAUCAUUUGGUUGUUGGCUUCUCUUCGUUAUUUACAGGGUUUGUAUUGUACAGUCAGUAUGCUGUCUUUGUCUUACUUUUAUAACUUACGUUAUAAUACGUUCACACUAAUUUACAAAAUAAGAUUCUUAGGGUCUAAGGUCUGACGAAAAGUUUAACAGCAUUAUUGCUUUUGAUUAUUUUCAGGCCCCUUUAUUCGUAUCCACGGCUUGAUCUUGUCACUUGAGAGGAUGGUGUCCAUCGGUCUGGUUGUCAAACUGAAGCCUGGGAUGUCACGGAUGACAUAUCGAUUAUUUCCAAGGCUCUUGGCGACCAGAUCCGAGUCUACAUCUGCUAAGGCUUGCGUGAACCGUGCGAAAGGAAAAUCAACGUGGCUACGCUGAUCGUAGCCAAGCAAGAGUUUUGAGGGGCUCGUCUUGAUGCUUGAAUGUAUACUCUGCAAAUUCAUGUGAUGUGUAGGCCGUGCCUCUGUCUGUCACUAAUUCCAUCGGUUUUCCAAAUAAAUGUAGCUGGUAGCGGACCGAGAUGGUCAGCGUGGAGGAUUUGCAGUGGCGCCCUGGGCAAAGGAUAUAGUGCAGUCUCCGCCUCUAAUCUCCGUGUGGAAUUAUUUGACAUGAGACAGCGAGGGUUUUCUCUGCGCCGCAGUGUGCCAUAUCAUCGUGGUAAGCUCGCAAAAUGCUUAUCACCAUGGAUUCUGGUACUACGAAUUUCUCGCCCUCGUCUUCACAUCGGGUCGGUUAGUUGGCGGAAUUCAAGCUCGCGCUCGAGGGGGAGCUCGUUUACGUACGCUAUGCUGCGGCUAAGGGCGUCGACGUGGGACAUACGAGUGCUAGGCCGCGUCUUUGGUGGCCUGGCUGAAAUAUGCUACCGGUGCCCACGACCGAUUGGACUGCUUUUGGAGCAAGAUCGCGCCGAACCCGGUGUGGCAUGCAUCGGUGUGCAGUUGCGUUUCUGCGGCUGGGUUAUACAGCCGCAAUACGGGCGCCGAAGGACGACCCUGGCGCAAUAAGACGAGACGCUGGGCUGGAUUAUACCGCGUCGGAGUAGGUCAUCCACGAUCCGGCGCAUCUCAAGGCGUUCGCUGUGGGCGAAUCUCCGCGGGGCAUACGCGUAGACGGAUUCGUCCCUGAGCCGGACCUGUACUGUGUACCCGUCAUCUACCGGCUGUCCACGCAAACGAGAGGAUCCUCCACGACGAGCCGGUGAUGUCGGUCCCUGACGGCUGCCACUACUUCUGCCUGGAGACCUUCCUCGGAGACCCCGGCUGCUACCGCCGAAGUAGUUGCUAAUUUCUGUGU